AUGGCCUCUCCCAUAGAAAUCAAUCCGACCAAAGAGCAAGCGGUGGCCGAUGUCUUCGCCCAUCCACGCAUAACCCACACCGGACCUUUGGGCCGGUUACAAGACGUAUAUGCGGCCUUCCAGGAUCGGAGAGGGGCAUUGGGGCUGGCCAACCCAGGCACCGUGGAGAGCAUCGCUCGGGAGGUGCAGCGCGAUGUCUUCCUGAACAAUUCGAGCUUCUCUGGCCUGCGCGCCGAGCUCACCAAGGCCUUCAGCGCUGCCCCUCUAUUCCAAGUCGCACAUUCGCUGUCCAUGGGAUCGCAACUGCAGCCACCCUACUCGUACAUGGCUCUCUAUGGCUCCUCGAGGGUAUUCAUGCAAGGCAACCUCGACAAUGAUCUGCAAUUUUCUGGGCGCUUCAACUGGCGUUGGACCUCUGCCUUCGUUACCAAGACGGCGGUGCAGCUCACAUCACAGGGCAACAUGGUCUCGUUCGAGAACGACUACACUGGUGCCGACUUCUCUGCUUCGCUCAAGGCUGUGAAUCCUUCGAUCCUCGAUGGCGGCAUCACUGGCAUGCUCAUGGCCAGCUACCUUCAAUCCGUGACCUCCAAGCUGUCGCUCGGCAUUGACGCCUUCUGGAGUCGGGCAGCCAUGGCCUACCCACCUGAGUUGAACGUCUCAUAUGCGGCUCGAUACAAGACUGCCGACUGGAUGGCAUGCGGACAGAUCAUCCCCGACCGCGGUGUUCUAGAGGCUUCCUACUGGCGCAGACUCACCGAAAAGGUCGAGACUGGCAUCAACUGUAAUCUCGCAUUCGCCGGAAUUGGACCUGGAGGCCCAAUGGCUGGCCCCCAAAAAGAGGGCAAUGUCACCAUUGGCGCCAAGUACGACUUCCGUCAGUCUUCGUUCAGGGCACAGAUCGACAACCAGGGCAAGGUGGCAUGUUUGUUGGAGAAAAUGAUUGCGCCUCCAAUCCGUGUAACCUUCUCCGGAGAGAUCGACCACAAGCAGAGUGCCGCAAAGCUGGGUCUUGCCGUAGCGAUAGAAGCCGCCGACGAGGCUGUCAUGGAACAGCAAGAACAAGCCGCUGCCUCGUCAGCCUCCAUUCCCUUUUAA